GUAGUUCCCUCGGUGAUGCUAAGAAGCUUUGCGGGACAUUCCUUAACGGGACUGAAGAGCUCGAGGAGAAGGUCUAUCCACCGGAGGAGCUUGUUGACAUUCCAGACAGCUUCGAUGCCCGCGAUGCGUUCAAGGAGUGUAAGGACGUCAUGGUCAC